AUGCAGCUGGAUCCCUCAACUAGCUCAUCCAUUCCCUCUGAAAUAACUCUGCAAGCAGAGGUUAUUACCUACAUGGACAGUGAUUUGUUCAAAGCCGCAGAAAAUGGUGACAUGGAACUAUUUAAUAAGUAUCAAGGUGGUCUUCAUUGCCUGGUUGACGGAAGGCAAAACACAGCGCUCCAUAUUUACUGCAGAACCGGAGGACGACUGGUAGUCAAAAUUGAUAAACGGUUUCUGUUUUUUCGGAAAAGGAGAUUUGAAAGAGAGUUCUCCAUUAACUUUGUUAAGCAACUUAUCGACGAGUGCCCAUCACUGCUACUGCAACCCAAUGCCAAAGGAGAAAUCCCAUUGCACGUAGCAGUUAGACACGGUCAUUCUGAUAUAAUCAAAUUCCUUAUUGAACGCGCCAAAGACCUGGAAGCAACCAGGAUGAAGCAGAUGCUGGAAAUGGCGGAUAAGGAGGGAAACACUGCUUUGCAUAAGGCAGCUGAAAGUGCUGACCAUGUAGUGGUGCGACUGCUGGUAAAGGAAUUAGAUCCUGACUUUUCAUCCUCCGCUAAUAAAAGCGGUGAGACUCCAAUCUACAUAGCUACCGUAAGAAGAAGCAAUCUUUUGGUGGCUGGGAUAUUGGAUAAUUGCAAGUCAAUGGACUGUGGCGGCCCUGAUGGUAGAACUGCUUUGCAUGCAGCAACCAUGGCCAUAAAUAAAGAAUCAGCGAGGAUAAUAAUAGAGGCACAAAAGCAUUUAACAAAAGAAACUGAUGACAAAGGGCGGACUCCACUUCACUAUGCCGCCCAUUUGGGUCUCCGUUCAAUUGUGCAACUGUUGUUAAAAGCCGAUCCAUCUACUGCUUAUAUAACUGAUAAAGAGAGAGGGACGACGGCUCUUCAUAUGGCAGCUUGGAGUGGCCGCACAGGCAUAAUGGAAGACAUUAUCUCCUACUGCCCAGGUUGUUGUGAAAUUGUGGACAAAAGAGGAUGGAAUUUUCUUCACUUUGCAGUCGUUUCUUUAAGACCGGGAAAAUUGAAGAGAUUCUUAUUUGAUGAUAACAAUAAGAUUAAGGAUUUACCAGUUAGAAAUCUUAUAGAUGAAAGGGAUAUCAACGGGAACACGCCUUACCAUGUCCCGCGUUUGAGGAAAUCUUACAGUGCUAGAUAUUUUGGAAAAGUUAUUCGUAUUUUUAAACAUCAUGGAUCUGAAGGAAGUUUCUACCUAUAUUCAAGUACAGAAUCGAAGAUUAUGGAAUUUAUGAAAGAUAUAGCUAAUAAUGCAGAAGUGGCGGGGAAACCGGUUCACCGCAACUUCCGUGAGAUUGUGAAGGAGGUGGAGAAGGAGGAUAUUCCCGAACACGAAAUUGAACAAAAAGCUAGGGAGAACCAUUUACUGGUGGCAACGCUUGUAGCAACCGUAACAUUUGCCGCAGCAUUCACAGUACCUGGUGGAAACAAGAGUGAGCAAGGCACUGCGACCUUGAGUCGUGACUCGGCUUUUCAAGCCUUCAUUAUAACAGAUACCCUGGCAUUUGUUUCUUCUCUUUUAGCCAUCUUCCUUCACUUUUUCUUAGUGCUUUCUCCUGGGAAAAAACACUAUUUCCUAUUUCGUUUGCAAUGUCUGGCGGAUUGGUUAACUGUUUUGGCAAUGCCAGCGAUGGUGGUUGCUUUCAGCACUGGUACUUACGCAGUGUUGCAAUCUUCCUUGGGGUUUGCUAUCGCCACUUGUUCCCUUGGCCUCAUGUUCUUUCCCGCUCUGCUCACGAUCUUCAACUCUUUCUUAGGGGCAAGGCCCUUUAGGUCGUUAUUAUCAACUGCCCCUGAGCAAGGAGUGAGCACAAGUGAUGGCUUCGGACAAACAAUCACCGUCGCCAGUGGUGAAGCAAGGAACCAAGGAAUAACUGAUGCUAGGUCUGUGUCUUGCUAUCUUGGGAGAGUGAGAGAGGGAAAGAGAAACAUAUGA